CUGAAGAGAAGAAACUGGUGCCAAAAACCUGCAGGGGGCCACCGUCCUGGACUGAACUUGAGAGCCGCUGCUUUAUCUGACACUUGGACUUUGAUCUCCAACUCACGUGCUUUCGUUUUUGUCUGGUGAUCAAUGUCUUCGGUUUGCUUGUAGUAACAAAAUGUCUUCUAGCCAUGUACGGUGCUUUAGAGGGCCAUAUCAAGAUAAAUCCGUUAAAGCGACUAAAACUCUUCGGCCUACGGCGUGUGUUCGAACGCCCCCUACAGGAAGACGCCGGCGAGACCUAAUUCAGUUUCCCACGGCCCCCCACAAUCCAUUGCUCUGUGUUGGGAAAACAAGAACUACGCCAUUUUCGUUGGUGUGGCCAGCCGAAGAGAGAGUGCGUACCUGGAAAGCGAGCGUUAGCCGCUAAUACGUGUCUGUCUACUGAGGGAGUUGCAUGAACGUUCGUCAGAAGGAAAUCGAGCACGGAGACCCGAACUGAUGGUGAGAGCGAGUCUGCAUGUCAACAAACUGCGACCUGCAGUGUGAAAGAAUGAAACGUGGCAGAAAAAGUCUUGAGGAUGAGUGCAGAUCACCUUUUAAAGAAUUUAAGAAGGGUUGCAAGAAGGUGAAAACCACAGAUGCCACCUCUUUUGACACCUUUGUGGACUGGAGCACGCUGCCACAGGAUGUUGUUUUGGAAAUUUUUAAAUGCCUGCCCCUUUUAGACCGGGCACAUGCCUCACAAGUUUGCAGAAGCUGGAACCAGGCCUUUCACAUGCCAGAACUAUGGAGGUGCUUUGAAUUUGAACUGAGCCAGCCUGCAACAUCUUACCUGAAAGCCACCCAUCCUGACCUCAUCAAACAGAUCAUUAAAAAACAUUCAAACCAUCUGCAGUAUGUCAGUUUUAAGGUGGACAGCAGUAAGGAAUCGGCAGAAGCCGCCUGUGAUAUACUAUCUCAGCUAGUAAACUGUUCACUUAAAACUCUGGGGUUGAUUUCAACAGCAAGGCCAAGCUUCAUGGAAUUACCAAAGUCAUAUUUUAUUUCAGCCUUGACUGUAGUGUUUGUCAACUCGAAAUCCCUCUCUUCGCUGAAGAUUGAUGACACACCCGUAGAUGAUCCCUCUCUUAAGGUGUUGGUGGCAAACAACAGUGAUACCUUGAAACUCCUAAAGAUGAGCAGCUGUCCACAUGUAUCUCCAGCUGGUAUCCUUUGUGUUGCAGAUCAGUGCCAUGGCUUACGAGAGCUUGCUCUGAACUACUAUUUAUUAAGUGAUGAAUUGCUGCUGGCUUUGUCCUCAGAGAAGCAUGCGAACUUGGAACAUCUCCGCAUUGAUGUGAUGAGUGACAAUCCUGGACAGACACAGUUUCACACUAUUCAGAAGAGCAGUUGGGAUGCCCUCAUGAGGCACUCGCCAAAAUUCAAUUUGGUCAUGUACUUUUUCCUUUAUGAAGAAGAGUUUGACCCUUUUUUCCGAUAUGAAAUUCCUGUCACUCAUCUCUACUUUGGCCGUUCUGUUAGUAAGGAUGUGCUAGGUAGAGUGGGCAUGACCUGCCCCAGGUUGGUAGAGCUUGUUGUAUGCGCCAAUGGGCUGAGACCUUUAGAUGAGGAGUUAAUCCGCAUUGCUGAACGUUGCAAACAACUCUCUGCAGUUGGACUAGGUGAGUGUAAAGUAUCCUGCAGUGCUUUUGUGGAAUUUGUGAAAAUGUGUGGAGGCCGGCUAUCCCAGCUUUCUAUAAUGGAGGAGGUGCUCAUUCCAGACCACCGGUACAAUCUGGAGCAAAUACACUGGGAGGUCUCCAAGCACUUAGGCCGGGUCUGGUUCCCUGAUAUGAUGCCUACAUGGUGAAAGGCUGAAGGAUACAAACCUUGAAUGUAUCAUUGUUGAAACAUUUUCUGACAACAAAUAAUAAAGGACAAUCAUUUAGUGA